CCACAUAUACUGCCGCGAACAUCGCGGGCAUUCCGACCAGGAGGCGACCAUCAGGCUCGCCGCCACGCCACCCAGCUUCGACGAUGGCCCCGACGGGGAGGAAGCCGAAUGCGGAGUUCAUGGAGGAUUUUCUCAUCAUCUCCGGCCUCAUUGCUGUGCAGAUCAUAGGCGCUUUCUACAUAGUGCUCUUGAAACCUAUCCUAUCCCUCGGAAUCAAGCCUCUGUUCCUCGUAAUCAUUGGAAGCUUGGCGAUGGCCUUCUUCAUCUUUCCCUUCGCAAUUGCAUUGGAGAAGAAGAAAUGGCCAUCAAAAUUGAGCCUUACUUUGGUGGUUCAGUUUAUUCUGAUUUCCUUGGGAGGGGUGACUACAUUCCAAUCUCUAAUGUUCGUGGGAAUCAAGAAAACUUCCCCAGCUAUAGCCUCGGCCAUGCCCAACCUUGCGCCGGGGAUUAUUUUCAUAAUCGCGGCUUGUCUCAGGCUUGAAAAACUAGACUUUAAGUGCAACUACACUAGAACAAAGAUCCUAGGGACAUUGGUUUGCUUGACUGGAGCAGUAGCCUUGAGCAUCUUGCAAAGUCCUACAGAUCCAACGGAUUUUGGACGCUCUUCUGUCUUGCCUAAUCCGUCGCCAGUUAAUGUGUACAGGGACUGGAUCAUUGGUUGCUGCAGUCUGCUGGGAGCAGUUCUCGUUCUAUCCUGUAGCACGGUUUUGCAGGCUGCAACAAUGAUGGAGUUCCCGGCUCCCUUGUCCUUGUGCUGUGUAACAUCCCUGCUGGCCUCAGUACUUACUACAAUUGUGCAAUUUAUCAUGGAAGGGAAGCUGGAUUUUGGUCAGCCAACUAUCAGUAUCCAAGCCAUCAUCUCCUUUGUCUUCCUGGGAGGAAUGCUGAUUGCACUAUGUGUUGCAUUCCAAACUUGGGCUGUGCUAAGGAAGGGGCCAGUCAUGGUCUCUAUGUUUAAUCCCAUUCAGACCGUUUGCUCCACGGUUCUUUCGACAAUAAUACUUGGCCAAGUUAUCAAGUUUGAAAGCUUUGUAGGAAUGUUGGCAAUGUUUUUUGGUCUCUACAUGGUUUUGUGGGCAAAGAUGAAAGAAGGAUUUGGGCUACCAAAUACUGAUGAUCAGGACAAGCUAACAGAAUCAACCACCAGUGAAGAAGAGGAAGAGGACAUUGAGAGACCCCUUUUAAGCUAA